GGGGAGGACACGGAGGAGAUGGCAGUGGCCGAGGCACAGCUGUACGCAAAGGUGUCCAACAAGCACCGGGGCAGGAGCACCUCUGCCCUCCUGGAGCCUCUCCUGGCCAAAGGAUUCCCGGCUCAUAUCGCGCAAAAAGCCUUGGUUGCUACUGGACAAAAGACAAUAGAAGAUGCAGUAAAAUGGUUGCAUUCCCACUGCAAUGACCCUUCCCUGGAUGACCCAAUCCCUCAGGAAUACGCCCUUUACUUGUGUCCCACGGGCCGCCUGCACAGCCGCCUGCAGGACUUCUGGCAGGAGAGCAAGCGCCAGUGCGGGAAGAACAGAGCCCACGAGGUUUUCCCACACGUCACCCUCUGUGACUUCUUCACGUGUGAAGACCAGAAAGUGGAAUUACUGUAUGACAUCUUAAAGCAAGUUGGUGACAGCUUUUCCCAGAGCUUUCCACCAUCCAUUUCCCUAACACUACAUGCAUCUCCCAGCUACCUUGGCUUCUUCAUUGAUGAUAUCCAGGCAAAUGUCCUCAAAGAGUUUGCUGUGGCGUUCUCAUCAGAGGCUUCAGCCCUGGCAGACUGCCACGUGAAGCCCUCCUUGAAGCAGUUCCACCUUACCUUGGCCCACAGGUUUUAUCCUCACCAUCAGAAGACUUUGGAACAAUUGGCCAAAUGCAUUAACCCAGGGGAGCCUUGCCAGUGGGUGGCUGCUCUCUAUUCACGGGACAUGCGUUUUGUGCAUUACCAGAGGCUGAGGGCCCUCUUCCAGUACAAGCCCCAGAACAUUGACGAGCUCCUGAUCAACGCUGGGGAUUUGAUCUACGUGGACCCACGGCAGCAGAGCGACGUGAGCGAGGGCUGGGUGAUCGGCACCUCGCACCGCACCGGCUGCAGGGGCUUCCUCCCAGAAAACUACACCGAGAAAGCCCACGAGUCAGACACCUGGGUCAAGCACAGGGAAUAUGUUUUUAACACAGCUUCGAGACCCCUCACCAAAGCUGGAAAGGAACCCAAUUUAAAGCUGAAUGGGGAAGCCCAUAAUCUCAGCAUCUCAAGGAGUGUAACCAAUGUUCUUUCUCUUCAGCUGUCUCAGAACGCCGCCCUGCGGAGAGCGGUGCUGGUGAUGAGCCACGGGGAAAGAGUGGAUCAGGUCUUUGGCAAAUCUUGGCUUCAGCAGUGCCUGACUGCAGAUGUGAAAUACUACAGAGCAGAUCUGAACUUCCCCUCCUCCCUGCCGAGGCAGAAAGACAGCAUGAAGCAGUUUGAAUGUGAUCCUCCAUUAUCUUGCUGUGGUAUUUUCCAGUCAAGGCUUAUAGGGGAAGCUCUGCUGGACCAGGAGGUGACAGUCAGCUACGUGUACUCAUCCCCCGCCCUGUGCUGCGUGCAGACAGCUCAGCACAUACUGCAGGGGCUUAAAUUAAAUCAAAAAGUCAAAAUCAGGGUGGAACCAGGACUGUUUGAAUGGACCAAGUGGGAAGCAAGCAGAGCAAUCCCUAACUUCAUGACUGUGGCAGAACUGGUGGAGGCAUCUUAUGACAUAGACACAAGUUACAGGGGUAACUUCCCACUCUCUUCUCUGGUGCCAUCAGAAAGUUAUGAAGACUAUGUCAGCAGAAGCUCUGCAGUUAUAAAACAGAUCAUCAGUGACUGCCCCAGCAAAGGUGUCAUCCUCAUUGUGGGCCAGGGCUCCUCCUUGGCAUCUCUCACCCGAGCGCUCACAGGGCUCCCCAGCAGAGACAGCAGAGACUUUGCCCAGAUGGUGAGGAAGAUCCCUUCCCUGGGCAUGUGUUUCUGUGAAGAACAGAGAGAGGAGAACAAAUGGAAGAUGGCCAACCCACCAGUGAAGACAUUAACUCAUGGAGCAAACGCAGCAUUUAACUGGAGAAAUACUAUCAUGGAAGAUUAAAAGGUCAUCACUGCCUUUGCAGUUGUCAAAAAGGAGCCGAAGGCAGGUUAUGGUUCAUCACAGUGCAAUGAUUCA